AUGGAUGAAUUCUUUAUGGAAAAAUUGAAAGAAAGGGAUGUUAUUGAGUCCCGAUUUAGUGAAUUGUUUCAAGAGGUUGACGGUGAUGCUCUUUGGAAACAACAACAAAAUAAUGUACAAACUGCAGGGAAAGAUGUUACUGAAAACAAUCGUUUGAUAAUUUCCAAACUACGUGAUGAAUUAAUGGAAAAGGAAGUAGAAUUGAAACGAUUGCAAGAAGUUAUUAAUGUCCAAGAUAAAAAUAACGAAAAAUUGAAUGAUGAAUUGAUAACUGUCAAUAUUGAAAAUAACAUACUGCAGGAAAAGUUAUCUUCCUUGAAUAAAGAACAUAAUAAGUUAGUUCAACGAUGGCUGGCUAAAGUUCAACAUGAGGUAGAUACCAUGAAUGCACAUUUUGAAAGGGAUUCAUGA